AUGACUUCCGGUGGAGUUAAUUUUUUGAUUUCGUUUUCACUUCAUCGCUUUGUUCGAUUGUCGAAAUUGUUCAAAUUGAAACCGAAAAACAAUCGACAACUCAUUAGCGUACCGAUAAUGAACGCUUCUUUAACGAUAACCGAAGCGGUUGCGAGUCUUUACAAGGGAUCGACGAGUCAGCUCAUGGACUCGAGUCAUCGAGUGACGCCAGCCGAAAGACCGAAAACAUUGAGAAAAUUAAAAAACGUUUACGAAAACGUAACCAAAGAAGGGAACGGCGGGUGUGCGACGGGAAACGACGAGGGAACCCGUUGUUCGUUGGUUUCGAGCACAACAGAUAAAAGUCUUUCAAUAUUGAGCCCCUUCGACGAACAGGAAGAAUGGGCAAAAAUAUCAGAGAUAAUGGCGAGUUUCAGUUCGGGUUUGGUACGCGAUAGCAUAUUCGUCGCAGAAAUGGAAAAAGAAAUACAAUCGAGAUUAGGGCUUAGCAGUCAAAAGAAAUCAGAGGACGUGUCCAAGGUCUUGACAAAAGUUGGGCAAUGGUUAUCGACUAUGAAUUUGGAACGAUACGAAAAAAAUUUUUUGGAUCAUGGCUACGACGACGUAGACUUUCUAAACGGUUUACUAGACAAAGAAGAAUUGAAAAACAUCGGUUUAACCGAAGAAGAAGAAGUAGCGAUUGUGUUAAAAGAGUUAAAUAAUUUAAAUUGUAAAAUAAAAGAUAUUAAAAAACAAUUUUCCGUAAAUAAUUUCGAUGACGGCGGUGGUAAAGAAAGUGAAGAAAGUGAAAACAACGAAGAAGGAGAGGAAGAAGAAGGAAAAAGAGGAGAAGAAGAAGAAAAUGGUGAAAAAAAAUUUGAAAUGAUAAGUAAUUGGUUGGAUUCGAUAAAUUUGGGGAUAUAUAAGGAAACGUUUAAAAGGCACUCGUACCUGGAUAUGGAAAGAAUAAGAAAAAUAUGGGAAAUGGAACUCACGUCGGUAUUGGAAAUAACAAAAAGAGGUCACAGGAAAAGGAUUUUGGCUUCCGUGGGUGGGGGUUCGCCGUAUAAAACGGAUGUUUUGUUUUCUUCAUCCCGGACUUCCGGUCCGAACCUCGACGAACUUUCCGCGGAUCUCAGUCAGUUGAAAUCAAACAUUCAACAAUUGAAAGAAGAAAUACGGGAAAAGUUACCGGGAGGAAAUGCUUGUACAAACGUGACCGCGACUCAAAAUUCUCUUCCCUUGUUAACCGUGCCAAAUUCUGGCGGUACUUUGAGGCACAGUCACAAAAAGAAUAAGCCCGCACCGCCGCCUCCGACGGCGAUCGGAGAUGGCGGAACCACGCCCGCGAAAUCCAACGUGACUCCGAAUUUGCCCAUAAGAAACCCGUCGGAAUUGCUCGUGGGAGUUCCGUCAACCUUAACGACUCAGUGGAGGCACCGACCCGAAGAAUUAGUUACCGGAAAUAUAACUUACGUCGCGAAUUAUUUGGGUUCGACCGUGGUGAAAGAACUCAAAGGAACUGAAUCAACGAAAAAAUCAAUUCAAAAAUUGAAAAAGACGAGUAAGGAAUUGACGGCGACGCCGGAUAUCAUGUUGGCAAUAUCAUAUCGAGGCGUUAAAUUUCUCAAUACUGGAACUCAAGAAUUGGUUUGCGAGCAUGAAAUCAGAAACAUUCAUUGCGCCUGUCAGGACGCGGACGAUCUCACACAUUUUGCAUACAUAACAAAAGAUCACAUAAGCAGAAGUCACUAUUGUCACGUUUUCUGCGUCGAAACCAUGGAUCAAGCCACCGAAGUGAUAUUAACUCUGGGUCAAGCUUUCGAAGUAGCUUAUCAGAUAACUCUGAGAGAACAAAUAAGUGGAAAUAGACGCGGAAACGGUCACACUCGAUCGCAAUCCGCGAAUCAAAUCGUCGGAAGCGGCGUCGUCACUUCGAACAACACCGUCGGUAGCGGCGGCGGCACCAUCACCACCACCACCACCACCACCGGAAAUAAUCAUUCUCAACUUCCUAAUCAUUCGAGAUCGUUGUCGGUCAACGAAAUGAAAAUGCCAGGGGAUUGUUUGAAAUCGAAAGUCGAAGAAAAGAAAAUCGAAGAGCGAGACGGAGUCGUAGCCGUCGACGAUUUAUAA